AUGGCGGAGAACGGCGAAGGCGCCAAGGAGUACCUCUUCAAGGUGGUGUUCAUCGGGGACUCUGCCGUGGGCAAGUCCAACCUCCUGUCGCGGUCUGCGCGGAACGAGUUCGAUGGCAAUUCCAAGGCCACAAUUGGAGUGAAGGAAAUGGAAGGCCAUGAUAUGCCGGAGGCAGAGGUGAUGAUCACUGUCACUACCUCGACUAUCCCUUUCAAGGCUAGAAUUUUCAUGACCUAG